GAGGGAAUAGCAAUGUAAUUUAGCCUACAAAGUAACAAUAGAUUACCAAAAGAGCCCUCCGUUCACUACAGGAACCAGAAACAAAAGGAGUCAACUAGGGGUCAAGUGCAGUAGAGAUUCAGUUUCCCGACAAUGGAGAGUUUCCGGUUUUGUUUCCUUAUGCUUACAAUCGCAAUUUUGGCAUCACCCGCACUUUCCGAUCUGGUCCUUUCCAAAGUCGAUCGACGCAUAUAUUUGACAUCACAUAUUGUUCGGAUUUCUUCAACUAUGAAGGUGGAGAAUGCAGGUUCCGAAAAGGAGUCCAAGGUUUUGCUGGCUUUUCCUGAGCAACAAGCCAAAAAUAUGGCAUAUUUGAUUGCUACUCCACAUGAAGGGAAAGGGAAAGGAAAAAACCCUGUUGUUGCUCUCCCUGUUGAGGCUGCCAACCCAAAAGACAUGCCUGCUGCUUUGACACUCUAUUCAGUAUCUUUGCCUAAGGGAUUAGCUGAGGGUGAUAGCUUCACUUUUGAUGUCUUGGCCGUAUUUACCCAUGCCUUGCGACCUAUUCCUGAGCAAAUCACUCAGGCUGAUAUUCAGCUUGUACUAUACCAGGAUAGUGCACACUAUCUAUCUCCUUAUGCUGUGAAGGUUCAGUCUCUAAGUGUUAAAUUGCCUGAUUCUAGAAUUGAAUCCUAUACAAAACUGGAGAACACAAAGAUUCAUGGUUCAGAAAUCAAAUAUGGUCCUUAUGAGAAUAUUCCUUCAUUCUCGUACUCACCCAUAGCAGUUCAUUUUGAAAGCAAUUUACCCUUUGCUGUUGCUCAUGAAUUGGUGAGAGAGAUAGAAAUUUCCCAUUGGGGUAAUGUGCAAGUCACUGAGCAUUACAAGCUCAUACAUGGUGGUGCCCAGAGCAAGGGUGAAUUUUCCAGGCUUGAUUUCCAGGCCAGACCCAACGUUCGUGGUGCAUCGGCCUUUAGGUAUCUUGUUGCAAACUUGCCACCAAGGGCACAUUCUGUUUAUUACAGGGAUGAAAUUGGCAAUAUAUCAACGUCUCAUCUGAGGGGUGACUCCAAAAAGACGGAACUAUUGAUUGAACCUAGGUACCCGAUGUUUGGUGGCUGGAGAACUGCGUUUACCAUUGGAUAUGGCUUGCCGCUUCAGGACUUUUUGUUUGAGUCAGACGGGAAGCGCUUUCUUAAUAUCACUUUUAGUAGCCCAAUGGUUGAGUUGGUUAUUGAUGCACUCAUUGUGAAGGUUGUUUUGCCUGAGGGUUCUAGUGACAUAUCUGUAGCAGCUCCAUUUCCUGUGGAGCAGUGGCAAGAGACCAAGAUCUCCCACUUGGAUAUUGAUGGUAGACCAGUAGUUGUGCUCAAAAAAACUAAUGUUGUGCCUGAGCACAAUCAAUUUUUUCAGGUCUAUUACCAUUUCAGUCAACUAUCGAUGCUCAGGGAGCCACUGAUGUUAAUUUCAGGGUUUUUCUUCUUUUUUGUUGCUUGCAUUGUUUAUAUGCAUGCAGACAUAUCAAUCUCCAAGUCUUCUGCUUCUUAUUUGGCUAAACAGCAGUGGGAAGAGGUUCAGGCAGUGAUUCAGCAGGUUCAGAAUAUCAUAAGUAGAUGCUUGACAACACAUGAUAACCUGGAAGCAUCACUACGUGAUCUUUCUAGGACUGGGAACAUUCAAGCUUGUAAAGCUGCUCGAAAAGCAGCUGAUGGUUUGUUAAAAGAGCUGUCCAAAGAAUUGAAACCCUUGCUGACCUUCUUGCAAUCUUCUCCAUCAGCUGCUCAAGUAUUACCCAAGGUGGAGGAGCUGGUGGCUAAGGAGAGAGAAUUACAGGAAAAAGUAAUGGUGAAGCACUCUACAGUGGUGGACGGCUAUGAGAAGAAGUUGGGGGCCCGUGAUAUUGAGAACCGGGUGGCUUUGCAGCAACAGAAACUUACAGCACUGAGGCAAGAAGUUGAUGAUCUUCUUGAGUUCAUUGAUGAAAUAUAAUAUUAAGUGCUAAAGUAGGCAUAAUAUUUUGGUCCAAACCAUAGACCUGAGCUCCAACUGGAAUGACCUUGUGAUCUGUAAUGUUGCGAUCAGAAUGUUGUUUAAGGAUUAUAUAUGAGUCUUAGUUAAUCUUGAUUUUGA